GGGUCAGCGAGGAGCACUUGCAGUCUGAUUUUUGGGUGCUGCUUCUUCAGUCAUUUUGAUGGCUCCCUCACGGUUAAAGAUUAGCUGCCUUUUUGGGCAUUUGACUGCCUUCUGUCUUCAGUUGACACUUGCGUUUCCACCAUUGCAUUACGUGCCGCCUGUUUCUCUCAAAAGCCAAAGCUCUUUGCCGAGUGUGGUCCAGCAGCCAGAGGAGCCGGUGCCCGUUAACACAGUUGGUGUGCUCUGCCACCCUGAUUCCAUGGAGCUCAGCAUCAACGCUGACCUGUUUGAAGUGGGAGCGCCUGUUGACGUCCGUGAGCUGCGUCUCGGAGUCGAGCACAGCGACUACUGCAGUGCAACAGCAUCCUCAGACUCUGAGUACAGAAUCCUCGUGGGCCUGGAGGACUGUGGCACCAAACACUGGAUGACAGAAGACUCUCUGGUCUACACAAACCUCCUGAUUUAUACUCCCCUUCCUGCUCUUAAUGGAAUAACUCGAAUGGAGGAGGCCGUUAUUCCAAUUGAAUGCCAAUAUAAAAGGAAGUACAGUUUAUCCAGCUCAUCACUCGUGCCAACUUGGGUUCCCUUCACGUCCACACAAGCUGCUGUGGAAACUCUCCAGUUCAACCUGAGGCUCAUGACCAAUGACUGGCUGCACGAAAGGGGUGCCAACACGUUCUUCCUCGGCGAGCCAAUCAACAUUGAGGCAUCAGUCAGGGUGGAUCAUCACAUGGGGCUCCGGCUGUUCCUGAACAGCUGCGUGGCCACACUUGAACCCAACAUCAAAUCUGAUCCCAAAUAUGUCUUUAUUGAGAAUGGGUGCCUGCUGGACUCCCAGCUUCCAGGCUCAAAGGGUCACUUCCUGCCAAGAACAAAAGACAAUAUACUGCAGAUGACUAUCGAUUCUUUUAAAUUCCAUAAUGACGAACGAGGACAGCUUUACAUCACAUGUCAUCUCAAUGCGGUGCCAGUGGAUGAUGCAGAAGCACAAAGCAAGGCCUGCACAUAUGUAAAUGGAAGGUGGCGGUCAGCUGAUGGAAACGACUACCUGUGUGGAUUCUGUCAAAGCCCCAAUGAAGCCAGUAAAGCACUCAGCAUCCCUGGAGUCUUUAAUCCUCGUAGCUUUGGAAAAUCUGCAGACAUGGAGCCCAUGUGGAGAAGUGGACUCAAGACUAAUAAGGUUUGGGAACAUGAAGCCAGACUGGGGCCAGUGACUAUUCUGCCUUCAUGGAAGAGUGGGGCUCUUGCUGCACAUGAACUACCUCCAGUUCUCCAUAAGAUCCACAAAACGGCGCUGUACGGCAGCCACUGGAGGAGCGGCCUAAACACAAUCGAGAAGAGCCUGGUUCCAGAACCAUCAAGUUCAGAACUAGAAGAGGAUGACAGUGAUGACUAUGAUGAGUCUGACUCUGACCUGGCGUUUGUGAUGAAGUCCUUGGAGAUUGCCCAUACCAACACUACCUUCCCCAUCGUCACAUAUGACCUGGAGCCCUCUAAGAUGAAUGCAACUGCUGCUAACCCUGACCUUUCUGAUAAACAUGACCCAAAGAAAUAAAAUGC